CUCGCUUGAUGGAUUGAAUCAGGGAAUGGAUCGAAUUACAGCGUUUGCCGUGCAUUAGUUUGUUUUUCUCCAAGCCUGCACUGCUCUGCUCUGCGAGAAGUUCUUAGACUUCAGGCUUCUUGUUUGGAUUUGUUAUAAUACACAAAGGAUACAAAAUACUUUCAGAUGAGGUGAGUUUUUACAUAGACGUGUUCAUGCUCGUGCUCAUUACAACAGUUAAUGUAUAGAAGUGAGGAGAUAAAGAUUUCCGAAUAUCGCAAGUGGUGGAAUCACAAGAUCAGAAGCGCUCUAUGCUAACUGCGCUUUCGAGUAGUGGUUAUGCACAAAAAUAGUAGCCUAUCCAGCUGGCCAAGCUAUUUUUGUGUAUAGUACAUUUAGAUAUUUUGCGCGUUCACUGUACAUUUUUAAUUUAAGACAAAUUACUGUACCCUUUAAUCAUUACGAUACAUUUGGAUUUGGAAACAAAUGAUACAGCAGUUUAUUGCAUAGGCACAAUGUUUUCCUCCGUGAUUUCAAGUUACGGGGGGAUGGUCGAGUCAGGGGAGGGUGCUGUCUUGGUGCCAUUUGAUCGGUGUUGAGCUUUGAAGAUCACAAAGCUUCGAGUCGGUCCCAAGGACGGAGUAGUCUUCGGGAGCGUCUUUUGCCUCGUAUCGGAAUUAUUGCUAAGGUUUUCAACUGGAUACAGACGAGAAUGGAGUCACUGUGGUGGUACAAUGGACGGGGAUCAUUUUAACUUACCGAAUGGAUGUUCAUAUGAUCUAGGGAAUGUAUUUUGUGGAUAUGAAGACCCGCUAGAAUCUUCCGUGAUUGUUUGGAAACCAGGUAACAUCACAGUUUUUGCCAAACAGGAAGUGUCCACUUUCUGUGUCAACCAUGGGCAGCAUACCUUUAUUUCCCCUCAUCUUUGUUCUGCUGAUGGCAUCACAUCUUGAGGCUGUCAGUUUUCCAGAGGACAAUAUUCCCAUCGAUGUGGUUGACUACCACUAUACACGGCAGUACCCAGUGUUCCGGGGCCGCCCUUCAGGCAAUGAAUCUCAGCACAGACUGGACUUUCAAUUGAUGACAAAAAUCCAAGACACCCUCUUCAUCGCUGGCAGAGACCAGGUCUACUUGGUCAGCCUUCGAGAAUCCUACAGGAAUGAAAUCAUUCCUUAUAGAAAAUUAACAUGGAGAUCGGGCCAAGCAGACAGGGAGACGUGUGCCUUGAAAGGAAAGCACAGAGAUGAAUGUCACAAUUUCAUCAAAGUGCUCGUCCCCAGAAACGAUGAUCUGGUUUUCAUAUGCGGUACAAAUGGCUUCAACCCCAUGUGCCGAUAUUACAGGCUGGAUAACCUGGAAUUUGAUGGGGAAGAAAUUAGCGGCCUGGCCCGGUGCCCGUUUGAUGCCAAGCAGACCAACGUUGCCCUCUUUGCUGAUGGGAAGUUGUACUCGGCUACAGUGGCAGACUUCCUGGCGAGUGACGCUGUUAUUUACCGAAGCAUGGGGGAUGGCUCCGCCCUAAGGACCAUCAAAUAUGACUCCAAGUGGUUGAAGGAGCCACAUUUCCUGCAUGCAGUGGAAUACGGCCAUUAUGUAUACUUCUUCUACAGAGAAAUAGCAGCCGAACACAACAACCUGGGAAAGGCUGUGUAUUCCCGUGUGGCGCGCAUAUGCAAGAACGACAUUGGUGGAUCCCAGAGAGUGCUUGAGAAGCACUGGACCUCGUUUGUGAAGGCACGCCUGAAUUGUUCCGUCCCCGGGGAGUCCUUUUUCUAUUUCGAUGUCCUUCAGUCCAUCACGGAUAUCAUUGACAUCAACGGGGUCCCCUCAGUCGUUGGCGUUUUCACUACUCAGCUAAACAGCAUACCGGGCUCUGCAGUCUGCGCUUUCUCAAUGGCAGACAUCGAGAAAGUGUUUAGAGGAAGAUUUAAGGAGCAAAAAACACCAGACUCAGUUUGGACACCUUUCCCUGAAGACAGACUGCCCAAGCCAAGGCCCGGCUGCUGUUCGGGGCAUGGUCAAGCAGAGUCCUUCAAAACCUCCAUGGAGUUUCCGGAUGAAACUUUGCAGUUCAUCAAGUCCCACCCCCUCAUGGAUUCAGCCGUGCCCUCAAUUGGAGAUGAGCCGUGGUUCACCAAGACACGAGUGAGGUACAGACUGACAGCAUUGGCCGUCGACAGUGAAGCAGGACCCAACAAGAACUACACAGUGGUUUUCAUUGGCUCAGAGGCUGGCAUUGUCCUCAAAGUCCUUGCCAAGUCGUCCCCUUUCUCUCUUAAUGACAGUGUGCUGCUGGAGGAGAUUGACGUCUUCAACUCGGCAAAGUGUUUAUUAAGCAAUGAGGACGACCGGCGCGUUCUGUCAUUCCACCUGGAGAAGGACACGCACACGCUGUACGUGGCUUUCUCUACCUGUGUGGUCCGCAUCCCCCUGAGCCGCUGCGAGCGCCACAGCUCCUGCCAGAAGUCGUGCAUCUCCUCACGGGAUCCAUACUGUGGAUGGACGCCUGAGGGUUCCUGUGAGAAGAUCCCUCCAGGAGUCCUCACGGGCUAUGAACAAGAUGUGGAAUAUGGCAACACAACGCGACUUGGUGACUGUCAUGAAUUUUUGGCUACUACAUCUGCGCCAGAUUACAAAUCAUAUGGCGACCCAACCUCUGACAUGGAGUUGUCAUCACCAUCAGUCACGCCAAAGGCUUCUGAGCCCAUAGACUCACCCAAAAUCAUUGCCACACAAAAACCUGAACUCUUUGGUUCAAGGAAAUUUGUGCUCCAGGACGACCCAGCCACUUCCCAUUCUUUUGACUCAUUCCCAGGUGUCCCGGAGGGUGUGUGGGAGGUUCAGUCAGGAGAGUCCAACCAGAUGGUACACAUGAACAUCCUGAUCACCUGUGUGUUCGGUGCUUUUCUGCUGGGUGCCUUCAUCGCCGGAAUGGUGGUCUACUGCUACCGCGAUGCUUUCCUACGCAAGCCAAGGAAGAUCCACAAGGAUGCAGAGUCUGCCCAGUCCUGCUCAGACUCAACCGGCAGCUUUGCCAAGCUCAAUGGUUUGUUCGACAGCCCAGUUAAGGAGUAUCAGCCCAGCAUCGACUCCCCAAAGCUUUACACCAAUCUCCUGAGCAACGGGAAGGACAUGCCUCCUAGUGAAGACACAAAGACAAUGAUACUAAGCAGCCAGCCACCAGAGCUGGCAGCCCUCCCAACACCGGAGUCUACCCCAGUCCUCCAGCAGAAGAGUAUGCAGCCCAUAAAGAACCAGUGGGAGAAGGCCCAUUGUAAGAUCAAUGGAUCCCGCAAGGAAUUUUCCUCGAGCCCUCCGCCACACAUCGUGGUUGGAAAUGUCCACAUUCCCAGUGCUGUUGUUCUCCCCAACGCCACCCAUGACCAACGGUCUGCCUUCAGCACCGCUGAAAUGCCGCGUUCUGAAAGGAAAGUUCAGAACACUGAACAGCCUGUUUCUAAAUCAAGUAGAAAGGAGCAACGCCGCACUGUGGAUGCCAGGAAUACCUUAAACGAUCUUCUAAAGCACCUAAAUGACAGCAACGGUGCACCAAAGGCUAUUCUUGCAGACAUGCCACAGAGGUCCAGGCAGCACUUGAUGCUUGACCCCAUGGUGAGCAUGACGGAAAUGCCGCCAAAAGUUCCUAGCCGGGAGGCUUCCUUGUACUCUCCUUCCUCGUCCCUUCCCAGGAACAGCCCAACUAAACGGGUGGAUGUGCCCACCACUCCCACCACGCCUACAGGGAUGAUGAACACUCUGGAGAGGCAACGGGUGUACCACCGGAGCUCCUCACAGAGGCAUUCCAUUUCAUCUCUGCCUAAAAACAUGAACUCUCCCAAUGGGGUGUCGGUGUCACGGCAGCCCAGUUUGAACAGGGGGGGGCAUAUGCCUCCCAGCCCUCCGUCGAGGAUGGACUCACACGGGGUUCCCAUGGGCAUGCACCCGCAGCCCUCCGUGUCCCGACAGAGCAGUUACAGUGGGCAUGGCUCACUACCCCGCAUGGGUGUAAAGAGGACACCUUCACUAAAGCCCGAUGUGCCCCCCAAACCCAACGGCUUUGUGCCACAGACUACACAAAUGAGGGUGGUAAACAAAUACAGUUACUAAUUUUGACACUGAUUUUGAUUUCACUCUACUGAUUGACGGUGGGGUGAGAGGGUAGGCCUGUGCAGGUGUGUCCUGGCAUUGGUGGAGUUCCCCAGCGAGUGCUUCAGCACACUCGGGAAAAAAGGGAACUCACAAGUGGCCAAAGAAGCUACUCUAGGUAUGUCCACCAGUUGUCAUUUCUGUUUUCACACCAUUCACAACUCAAGUGACAGGUGGCAGCCUGCUGGGAGAGCCUUCCAUUUCAAGACCUUGAGAAGAGGCACGGCCAAGUAUUCAGUGGCACUCCUGCGUUGGAUGCCAGGGCCGGGGUUGCGGCAUGGAGCAUCCCGGUGGCCCAUCUUGUACAGCCUGGCUGUCCUGGUCAUUUUGAAGUUAUGACACACGGGAAUACUUGAAGAAUGGCUUUCAUUUAUUCAUUGCCGCCAUGCUCUGUCUUCCCAUUCAAUGUGAACUUCACGAAAGUAAGAGACAAAAAUGUAUGUGGUUGAAGCAAGAUCAAGCUGAGCGAAGGAUACGUGUGGAAUAACAGGCACAAUGGAGGAGCAAAUAAAGUGCUAGUGUUCAGUAGUGCAGAGUAGGUAGCGCCCGUGGGCUAUCUAGUGUGCACCAACUUCACAGACAAAAGGAUGCACUUAAAUUCAUUUUGCAGUCAGUCAUCUGUAAACAGGACCAAGUCAUUCAUGUCAUACAAUUGAAUCCCAUUUCAAGGUACAUUAAUACGAGUUGUGUGGAUGUAGAAGUGCAGACAUUAAUCAAGAGUUUCUGUGUGUGUGUGUGUGAUGUCCAGGGUGCCUACUUGGACAGCUGAUGUUUUUAACUCACUGGGGAAAUUACUUAACACUUUGCUGCUAUCAGUUGAAAUGAAAAUGAUCAUUGUUGUGUAUUUUGGACUCCAAGCUUGUUGAAAUCCUCUGGCUCCGGUUGUCUUGUCUUGGUUGCAUUUUGGUUUCUUAACUGUGUGGAAGUACAGAGUGGUAGCAUCAGCACAAUACCAUGCUGGAUGCCUAGUGGUGCACUACCGCUGAGGGCCUAGCAAGGCAAAUCUUAACAACGUGAAGGCAGGUUUGGGAAAUGCUUAAUGUAUCUUCUCAUCCAAAACCAGAAUCAUGGCCUAACAGGUCAAACAAAUAACAUGUCUUGUCAUAGGCCAUGCUAUUGAUUUUGUUUGUUAAGAUUUUUUGCAUAAAAAGCUUUUGGUGAAUUUUGCCAUUGAGUCUUGACACUGGGCACUGAAUGAACAACAGGACGUUUUAUUGAAUCAGUUAUUACAUAUUAUUUUGCCUUAAACAACAGGUACUCUUUUAUUUACCUCCCAAGUAUUUAACAAUUUCUCAUUGGUAUUACUGGCAUUUAAUUAUACAUUAUUGGUAAUGCACAGUAAAGACAGUAAUAGUUAUGAUAAAAUUCCUUCAAAAUAUAUUAAUAGUGUUUCUGACGCAGCCCAUUCCGAGAAUGAAAUGGUAUUUGCCCGUGUGGUUUGCUUGAGCUUACGUACCGUGUCACCUCAAAAGCUCCACAGAGUUGUUCAGCACCAACAUGAACGCCAAAAUGCAUGUCUGUCACUAGUGUUUGUCUCUUCGUGGUCUUGGGAACCAACACAUAACUGCAUUGAUGUCGCUGCAAAGUCAAAGGGCCAACACUGCUCUCAGUCUAACAACUACUUUAGACACAGUAGUAAAUAUUCUGUAGUUCUCUCAUUUGAAUGAAUAUUGUACAAUCAUUGCAACAUAUACCAAGGUGUCCUGCGCUGUCAUGCCGGUAAUGACAAUGUUGUAAAUAUAAAUAUAUUAAUAUUUUUAGGCAAGUUUACCUAAAUCUGUGCAUUGUGUGCCUUAUUCAAAGAGUAAUUCUUAGACAUGCUCAAUUGGUUCUGAAGAUAUCAUAAUCUUUCCACAAUCUGACAAAUUUGAUUGGCAAAAGACAAAUGUGUGUCCUGUGAAACAACUUCAACUGCAGUUAUUGGGAUAUAAGAGUCCAUUUAGUGACAAACAUUCCAUUUCAGGAUGUAAAAUCUGAAUAAUCUGAUCAUUUCAUGACAGCCUUUCGAAGGGUGCUAAUUUGAAACACUGAGGUUCCACAUGGUGAAUGUAUUAUGACAGUGGGAUGUACACCAACAUACUCUCAUCUGAGGAUUUAAAAAUACAUUUUUUAAAUUAAGUAAAGACAGUAACACAAAAAAGGAAACAUUCUCAGUGUUUUUUUGUUUUACUCCAUAAAACCAAGUAAUUUCAAUAUCUUGCUUUUCAGUAUAUAUCGAGAAUGAGGUGUCAACAGCCUGUACGAGCCCAAAGUUUCAUUUUGUUUACAAGCGAUGAUUGUAUUUGAAUAAUUGCCUGUUUGUUCAGUUGGAUGUCAUCAUCUGCUAAUAUAACAUUUUUGUACUGACUGAGAGCUGCACAUGAUUUCCAUCCUCAACAGUGUCAUGAUAAGCUGCCUUGUAUAUUGCAAUAUGAAUCGGAGUUUUUCUGUUGCAAUCUGAAUCCAAGCCUUUAUUUCAGUGUAUGUGCAAAUAAACCAGAUUGGUUGAAUUUUCAUUUUUCAAUACUGUGCGAUUUGGCAGUUGGAAUACAGUUGUAUGUUUUACAGAGUAUUUUAACGUGUAGAUAUAUUGUAAAGUUGUACUGUGAAUGUGUAAAUAGUUAUGUUCUUUGUUUUAAGGAUAUUUUUGUUGAUUUUUUUUAACACGGCAUGUAUAGUUGAAAUAAAAUAUCACUGCACA